AUGCCACCAUCCACCACUACCAAGACUAAGAAAAUUAUGUCUUUUCUCGAUUCAUGCAUGGAAGACUUACCUGUACAUGUCAUGGACAAUAUUCUCUCAAGACUCCCAAUCAAGACGAUCAUCCGUUGCAAGUGUGUCUGCAAGAAAUGGCUGGAUCACAUUUCCGAUUCUUACUUUGCCAAUAUUCAACUCUCAAGAUCACCUACAGGUCUCAUGAUUCAUUCUGAAAAUAACAAAUUCGGUCACCCUUCACCGGGCUUAUUGAACUGGAUUGAGGUUGAAGACAAAUUUGAUCACCACCAUUUACACCAUGACCCUGUCAUGAACCUUGACCUUAAUCUUACAUCCAUUUUCCAAAAGUCUCAAAUAAAGCUGGUGGGGUCAGUCAAUGGUUUGCUCUGUUUGUGGCAAUAUGCUCCUGAAAGUGAUAACACCUACAUAUGCAAUCCAAUCACCAGAGAAUAUAUGAUCCUCCCUAGGCAACAAUACUAUAGAGAAAGUAUUGCAAUAAUUGUUUAUUGUUUUGGUGUCGGCUCACUUACACGGGAAUACAAAGUGAUACGGAUUUUCCAAGGGAAUAUACCUCAUGAUCCUACCUCAAAAUCUCGGCCAAGCCUAGUAGAAGCUGAGGUCUACACCCUUGGCACUGGCGAAUGGAGAAGUCUAGGUCAUGCACCGUAUUUGCUUAAAGGAUUCCAUGGGCCAUUUUUGAACGGGCAUGCUCAUUGGAUUGUUGUUGACGAGGAUUCCCCUGAAAAACUUUGUGCUUUUGAUUUUGACAAUGAGACAUUUGAGUUGUUCCCAUCUCCUCCAUCCGAAGCUAGAGACAAAAGUUGGAUUUAUAAAAGUGUGGGAGUCUUAAAGGGUUGUUUAUGUCAAUGUGAUACCUACGAUUCUAAAUUCACAGUUUGGGUGAUGAAGGAAUAUGGGAUCAAGAAAUCUUGGUACAAAGAGUUGGUGAUGCAGCAAAGUAUCAACCCUAAUCAUGAUUUACUCACAAUGGAAACCAUGUAUAUAAUUAAAGGUUUAAAAGAUGGAACUAUUUUGAUGGCAUCUUGUCGAAGCAACCUACACGCUUACUGUCCUCGGAGGAAAAUAGUCAUAGACACAGAAAGAUUUGACUACAACAUGGAAGGAUAUACUUAUCGUCCUAGCUUUCAUAGACUCCACAACUUCAAACACGAGAGAGUUCAUAAGUUCUAA